AUGGUGUCCAUGUCCAUGCUUAAACCACCGAAAAAGAAGCUCUCGAAAAAAGAAAAGGCCCGCCUGGAGGCCGAACAAGCCGAACUCUUGCGCAUUGAAAUGGAAAAGGAGAAAUUGAAGAAACUGGAGGAAGCGCGUCAGCGCAAGAAAUUGGAAAUGGAACAAGCCAAACACCGACAACAGCAGGAGGUCGCCGAAAAUCGUUUACGUCGCUCCCAGCUAAAGGAUAGCAUGUUGUUUUUCGAUGCUGUGCGCCUGGCCAUUGACGCCAUCAAGGAUGGUGAGCGGCAUGAACGUGAUUGGGAGAAAUUUAUGCGUUGCAAUGGCCUACCGAAUGCGGCCAGUCCCAGCGAUUUGCGUAAAUACAUUCAUCAAUGGCAUGCGGACAUUGCCCAAAGGCAAAAGGAAUCCAGAAAUUGGUUAUUACGCACCGAUGAGCGGACACUUCUUACACAAGACUCUCAGGUGGCGGACUUGACACGAGCAUCCCUACGACAACAGCAGGGCAAACUGGGUGAUGUCUAUGCGCAGCGCAUCAAGGAAGUUCUUGGUAUUCUCAAUGAACUAGACGACAUGCUGCCUUAUAAACAGCGUUCAGCAAAUGUGGCCGCCGAUUUGGUCAAACUGAAAACUGAGAUGAGAAUUUUUCUCAAACAGCAUUUGGAUGAAUUUACCUAUAAGACAAUGUCGCACAUCGAACGCGAUAUGGAAAUUGAUAGACCCGGCGUUUCUAAGCACAUAUACAGCUCAGAAGUAUUUCAAAGUUUUAUUUGGACCUUUUCCAAAGAUGCUCAAAUAGCUGUCAAUCCCAAAGCUCGCAUUGGUGAACAAUCGGCGCAUAAUGAAAUCGAUUUUCCCACCAUCGAAAUGCAAAUAUCAUUGCCGCCCACAGUUCGCUUACAGAGUUCUGCGUUGCGUGGACUUUGGCUAAAUUAUGAUCAUUUUAGUGACUAUUGCAGUAGUUUUCAAUUGAAACAUUCACGCUCUGAGAACGCAACGGUUUUGAGGCAAACCAAACGCGAAUGGCGCAAACGUAAAGAGAUCUUACAGGCCAUGUUGGAUGAAUGCGCACGUGAUAUACCUCUCUCGGAAUUGGAACAAUUGACACAGGAUCAACACUCAACCAGCUCGCAGCCGCCAAAAGAACGCACCUAUGACGUGGACAAACUGUAUGCCGAGUAUGAGGACGAGCUGAAUAAGGCUCGACGACGAGCAAUCGGACCCGAGGCAUAUGGCAUGCUAGAAACGGAUGUAAACUUACGUAAAUAUCGCAUUAUAGGUGGAGUCUAUUGCAUUGAUUUUCUAGAGACACCGCAACAGGAUAAACAAUUAAAUGCCAGAUCCUUUAUUCGAACUAUUAUGGUCGCCAAUAGUUUGGUCCAUAAGGAAUACUAUCAGACGUACAAGCCACCGCCUCCCGUUUUGCCUGGAGUACGUCGUUUGCCCGAGGAAAUAGAAGCGGAAAUGCGCAUGAUUGAGGCUGCUCUAGAUAAAUUGGCCUUAGUCACUCUUCAAUUGCCCGAUUCGGUUAUAUGGUUUGAGCCGCCAAUAGCCUGUCGCUGGGAGACACAUGUCGAGACAUUUGAAAUGGAGCUAGCCGAUGGAGUCAAGCCACCAGAGGCCACAUCAACAUCAAAUGCUGCCGCUGGCAGUGCCGUUGGGGUCGGAGCUGGACCUGGAGCUGGAGCUGGGGCCACGGCAACGCCGACAGAAGCCACCCCAUUGUCAACAAACGCCCAACCGAGUCCCCUGAAGAGCUCACCCCGCUGUCCGGUUCGCCUGCGUUCGCAGAAAUCGGACUUGGCUCCACCGUUGCGAGAGAUCAGCGACUUUAACCUACGUGCCAUACCCAGCGAUGUGGACCUAUACGGAUUGGUCAAGGAUUUCAUAGUGCCACGUUUGCCACAAGGCUUCUGUGUGCGUCUUGAACAACAUACGCCACCAGUUGGCAUGGUGAAGCAGCAACGAAAGGUCAUGUUUCUGGCCCGACAGGCUCAUGUGCGAUUGGGGCAACUGCAGAAGCCAGACAUAGUCAUCAAUUCCGAACAAACAAUCGAAGCUAUGCAAUUGGAUCAAGGUAUUGGCAUUGGUGCUGAUUUUCUGGAUACUGAUGAGCCAGCUGAACUCUUUCCGCCCCUCUGUUUUGAUAAGUUGCUUAAAUUUCGGCAGUUACCAGUUCGCAAAGUCGGCCGGAGUACCCAAUGCUAUCUGUUCUCCCAACUGAUUGAGGACAUGGAUAGAUUGUGGCGACUGCAAUUGCCAAGGGAACAGCAGGAGGAAAUGCUGCAGCAGAUAUCCGAGCAACUAUCACCAACUAGCUCGGAGCAUGCCGACGAUCUGGGAAAUGAGGAACAACUAACCGAUGAUGUGCGUCCUCUCAGCCAGGAGCUAGUGGAAGUGCUACAACCGGCUACUGCAGCUGCUGCCUUUGCCUAUUACACGGGCAUCUCCUUUGUGCGAGACUCACAGUUACAAGACGAGAUUGGAGACCCAGAGACACAGAUGGCCAAAACCUCCUCGAAUAGCCUAGAUAGCAGCAGUGACGAUGAUGCUGAUGACGCCGAUAGCUUACUCGAGUUACUUGAGGCCGGCAAAGCUGCAGCUGGCGACUCCACAGCCGGUCAAACAUUAAACGAGUUUCUAUCCCGGAACAGUCAAAGCGACAACAGUGACAGUGAGGCGCGUAGACAGAAGCAAAGCAAUUUGGCUGCCAUUACACAAGGCAAAUGGAGUACACGUGACGUCCAUGAUACCAAAUUUAAUGAGGACAAACUGUGCAUACAAUUUCGUACAGGGAGAAUGGGUAUUUUCGGUUUUGCUCUCAAUAAAUACAGCAAUAUGCCCUAUCAGACUUGGGAUCUAAGACCGGAUAUGAAAAAUCCUGGAACCAUAUUGUUUAGUUUUACCGCCUCACUAAUCAGUUUGGACAUGACCAUCACUGCGGAGGGUUAUACAGUAAAUAAUUUUCAGGGCGGCAGCACUCAGGGCAUAACCGAAAUGAUUGGCAAAACUCUGUCAUUGAGCGAAUUGAAAGCCACGCUUAUACUUUCCGCUGUGGAUAUAUUUCCCGAUGAAGAUGCCUUCUGUUAUACAGAGGGAUCGUGUGAGAAAAACUAUGUAAUGGAAAUGCAUUGCUAUGCAUGUCUGUCCACAUUGGCUCUGUCCCACAAUUUCAGUUGGUCGCGAUGGAAUCUCUUGGCCGGAUCGAGGACGGCAGUGCUGUUGGUUCGAGAACUGAUUGAGGGCAAGAAAGUGCCAUACUACUCGACCCUACUGGUAACGCCAUUGAAGACAUCGAUAAUCGAUUGCACAGAGGUCUCGGCUAGUUUCAAUGCAGUCGGUAUACCUGGAAUGGAAUAUUAUGCCGAUCUCUACCAGCUAUCUCAAGCGCAUGCCCAGCCAGCAAGUUUGGAGAAGCAAAAAAUCAUGAAUCCUGUGCUUAGAGAUAAUAUAUCAAGAAUCCUGAUGGGCAUAAGACCCUUGAGUUUUUGUUAA